AUGCCAAAUGAACAAGAUUCGUCUCAAGUUGUUACUCAAGCUCUUGGUGUUGGUAAUAGCCGUUUUUGCAUAGGGCAAAUGUCGGAAUUGCGUUUAAAGGAUGAUGAUUUCAAUGCGUGGGUUGAAAGGUUUGAGUUAUAUGUUAACCUUAAUGAAAUAAAUAAGCAUAAGAAAAAGUUAAUGUUUCUAACGUUAUUAGGGAAUGAUGGAUAUUCCUUAGUUCGUGACUUAUGUACGCCUAAAAAACCCUUGGAUCUUAGUUAUGAUGAUCUUAAACAGUCGUUGUCGGAUUAUAUUAAUCCUAAACCGAAUUUAAUAACAGAACGUUAUAAAUUCAAAGAGCGUAAACAGGCAGCUGAUGAGACUAUUAUUCAGUUUUCCACGGCACUCAAGAAGAUGUCCGAGUUUUGUGAAUUUGCUACCAGUUUGAAUGAGUCUUUGCGUGAUCAAUUCAUAUGGGGCGUUAAGGACAAUAAUAUUAAAAAAAAACUAUUAUCAGAAGGUACUAUAACCUUUAAAAAGUGUGUGGAAUUGGGACUUGCAAUGGAAUCAGCAAGUAACGACGUCACAAAAUUGGAUCAACAACAUGCAGUAAAUUAUCAUAAACAGCUCAAGAGUAAGAAGUAUCAAAACAACGUCGGGAACAGGAUACCACCAACAAAAGAUAAUGGGAAGGCUACUACAUCAAAUGCCAAUGGUAAAAAGGAUAUGGUUUGUUAUUGUUGUGGGACAAAGGGUCACACAAAGCCAUUUUGUAAGUACAAAUCAUAUUCAUGUUCAAAUUGUUCUAAGUUAGGUCAUCUAAAAAAAGUGUGUAAAGCUAAGGUAAAAAAAGUUAAUAAUUUAGAACAAUGUGAUGUCGAUUUAAACUUAGAUAAUUUAUUCAAUUUAGAAACUGUUAAUGUUAAUUAUGUUCAACCUUAUUGGGUGAAAUUGAGUGUUGAGGAUAAAAUUGUGGAGUUUCAAAUAGAUACGGGUUCGAGUAUGACUGUUAUAAAUGUUAAUGAUUUAAAAAAUUAUGAGAUUAAAUAUUUGAACAGAGUGGAACAAUCUAAUGUGCGGUUGAAAACUUAUAACAAUUCUGUCAUUGUGCCUUUAGGUGUAUUAAAAGUUAGAGUUCAAUAUAAAGAUGUUUGUAAAGAAUUGGAAAUGGUUGUUGUUAAAGAGGGUGGUCCUCCAAUUCUUGGUCGGGAAUGGUUGACUAAGUUAAGUAUUCCAAUGUUUUCUGGUACUUAUUCAUUAUGUAAAUUAACAUCAUACCAGAAUGUGGUACAAACUUUUCCGUCUGUGUUUAAUGAUAUUUUGGGUUGUUAUAAGCACAAAAUGUUUGAUUUAAUUCUUAAAAAAGAUUUUAAGCCUGUUUUUCUUAAACCCAGAGUAUUACCAUUUGCCUUAAAAGGUAAAGUUAGCGAUGAGAUUGAUAGACUAGUGAAUACAAAUUUGCUAGUGCCUGUAGAAACUUCAGAUUGGGGUACGCCUAUAGUUCCUGUUAACCGAAAGUCACGUUUAUCAUUUUUCGGUAUUGAAAUUUAA